AAAAUGUUUGAGGCCCGAGUAUGUUUACCACAAGUGUUUGUUUUUCUCAUUUCUGAACUCUUAUAAUUUAUUUUAAUCAAUUGCGAUUCAAAACAAAAGUUCAACAUGAAGCGAGAAAAUUACCACAUUUUAUUGAUAUUUAUAUCGCAUGCACUAUAAUAAAUAGCCCUAUGUUAAAUAUAGGUUUGAAUGACAAAGUUACAUUUGAUAACAGCAACAAGGAAUUCAAGUCUAUAAAGUUGUUGGACGUCUUUCUCGGCACUCUUAAUCAAAAACAAAAACAGUAAAAUAUUAUCUUAAAUAAUGUGAAAUGUUUGCGUUUCACUCGCGUUUCUGUCACAUCAAAAGAACGAUAAAGGAAGCGGCCUAUAAAAGCAUCACCUCGUGGCAAAACAUCAUCUGAGGAACAAAUUACAACUGUAUCAAAGCGUCUGAGGUGGAGCGUCUUAUAAGGCUGUUGUGGCGAUGACUGACAGCAGUAGACCAUGUGUUUUCAUCUGGGCUGUGUUGCUGCUGCUGCCCACAGUCAUCAUGGCGUACAGGCCAGUGAUUCUUGUUCACGGGCUGUUUGGUGGACCUGAACAAAUGGAGAUGUUAAAGAAAUAUAUUAAACGGUCUCAUCCAGGUACCAGUGUGACUGCAAUAUCUCUGUAUGACGACAAUGCCAGUUCAAAGCCAAUGUGGGAACAGGUGGAUGGAUUUCGUGAGGCCAUCAGACCCAUCAUGGAUAGAGCUAAAGACGGCGUCCAUCUCAUCUGCUACUCACAAGGUGGUUUGAUAUGCCGAGGAGUUCUUGCUACCCUUCCUCAUCACAAUGUUCACUCUGUGAUAUUCCUGUCUUCACCACUAGCUGGCCAGUAUGGAGAUUCAAAUUACAUCAGCAAGUUUUUCCCUUCGUUUGUCAAGUCAACACUGUACAAUGCUUGUUAUACUACACGAGGACAACAAAUAUCAAGCUGUAGCUACUGGAAAGAUCCUCAUCAAAUUGAAAAAUACUUGAAGUACAGCGUCUUUCUGGCCCCGCUGAAUGGAGAAGUAGAAACCGUCCACACACAAGCGUGGCGCAAAAAUUUUCUGCGCAUAAAGACCAUGGUGUUGCUCGGCGGACCAGAUGAUGGCACUAUUAAACCAUGGCAAUCAAGUAUGUUUGGGUUUUACAACCGCAAUGAAAAGGUGAUUGAUAUGGAACAUCAAGAUUAUUAUAUUAGUGAUUCCUUUGGCCUAAAAACACUGAACCGACGAAAAGCCAUUGUGAAGUGUAUCAUCCCUGAUGUUCACCAUGAUGCCUGGCCGACAGACUACAAAAUCUACAAGAAAUGCAUAGAAAAGUGGCUCACGUAAUCUACAGAAGGAAAACAAAAAACAUUUUCCUUCACAAGCAAAAGAACAAUCCUAAAUGCAAUCAUGUUCUGAUUUAGAUUAUGAUUGUACUCUUAUUGAUCCAUCAGAUUGUUUGUCAGAAUGUAAGAUUCCUUUACACCUGGUAAUAAAUUGAUUGUGAAAUGGA